CCGGAAAAUCUUGGAAAAUCUUCUGGAAAAUCCUGGAAAAUCUCGCUUCCGACUUCUCUUCAAUUCCUUCAAAUGGGAUCGAUGAAUUGAUGAUAGAUCAUCUUACAGUUUGACGUUCUUCAAUGCAAGUUUCUUUUGACAGAAUGAUGGGGAGGUUAAGUUAUUGCACGUCUCUGGUAUUCGUUUACUAUUUCCUGAUGUUCUUCCUUCGCACUGACUCUUAUCCGUCGGAAUGCACUCUUCCUUUUCCUCGAAGUUACGUGGUGUAUCAUUUGAGCGACCGUGAAGUUAUUGACGUGGAUGGAAAACUAGAUGACAGUGCAUGGGAUUCUGUCUCGUGGACAGAGGACUUCAUAGGUAAGUUCUUGAUCUUUUGGACAAAUGUUUAGAACAACACCGCGGCAAAACGCACUGCGCAUGAGCACAAAAUUUAACAUCCGGUCAGCUUUUUAUUUCCGGUCUAGUAUAUAAACCAAUUGGGUAAGCCUGACAUUGCCUUGGCGCCAAGUUUAAAAGCAAAAAGGGCGAAACAGACAGAAAAGGGGGCCAAAAAAAUCACUACAAUCGAAAGCUUAUAUAUUUUUCUAGUGUCAAACGUUUGCACCACAUGGUUAUCUGUUUGCACCAACGGUGAAAAUGAUGUUUGAAGUUUGCAGGUCGCGAGCGUUCGACAAGACGAAUUUGUUUUCACUGGCUUUCUUUCAUGCUACUGGUUUGGCAUAAGUUAAUUUGGGAGAAGGCGAUAACUAAGAAAAGAAUGGCAAUACUUAUGAAAGAAACCAAAAUAAAGACGUCAUCAUUAUCAUUAACACUAGAAUCAGGAAAUAAAAUUUUAGUCUAUUGAACAAUUUUAUCAGAGAAAACAAGAACUCAAAACAAAAGAUGUGUGGGAUUUAAUAACAACCUCGACUUUGAUAACUGCAGUCACGAACACCCGGAGCUUUCAGUGCCGGGAAACUAAACAUGCCUAUAACGACUUUCGUUCAAGAAAAUGCCUAUUUAAUUGUUUUACAUGGUUGUUCUUUGGUUGUUCUUUGGUCGGUGAAGACUUCAAUAAUUUCAUACUGUGCGGCUCGGCUGCAUCUCACGCAAACACGAAACCUUCAGCUACUAAAUACAUGGCAUGAAAUUUUGACUUCUAAAAGCCACCGAACCAGCUUUCGCUCUCUGAUUCUGAGAAUGAAAAAAAUAAAUAGAGUUGUCAACUUGCUGCCAACUUCAGCAGUAUAAUUAAGCUUAUUUUUCAUGGCAAUCAACUCAGAAGAGUUUCGUUUCAAAACACGAAAAUAAUAAAUAAAUAAAUAAAUAAAUAAAGCUCGAAUCGGCUUUAAGGCAUGAAGACUGAGAUACUGAAGAACUGAAAAUUAGAACUACAAUACACAAGCUUGCAAUGAUAACUUUUUAUGUCUUAGUUUCAGCCAGGUUAAGUGAAAAAUAACAGUUAAAAACUUUGUUUUCGUGAAUGAAAAUCAGUCUACCUGACGCUCUAUCGAAAAUUACCCACUGAGUUAUUAUGAAUUUACCUUUUCUGAAUCUAAUCGACUAAUUGUUUCAGUGAUCUGUGCCUGGUUAUCCGUAAAAGCAAUUUCAAUAACUAUGAAAUAGUCAAAAACACGAGCAGCAUAAAGCAGAACAACUGAACCACAAGCUGCACACAGAAUGAAGCCGAGAGCGCGCGGGAGACUUUGAUCUGACUGGAAAGUGUGACUGAAAAAGAGACCAGAAAUGCUCAACCUGGCGCAUGCGUAGACGUUUUGCCGCGGUGUUGUUUAGAACUAGCAUAUUUAGAGCUAUGUGAGGCAACUUUUCACCAAGGUCCCCUCCAAACAACAUGAAAGAGACCCCCCCCACCGCCCUCCCGACCCCGUCUGAUACAAAUCCGGUCCAAAGAUAUCGCGCAAAAUUCUAUCUUUUCGUAAUCUUCAUAUAGACAAAAAAUUACAAAACACCCAUGCAUUGUUUUGUCAUGCCAAAGUAAUUACUACAAAAUUUCGAGAGAAAUUGGAUCGGAAAGUAAAAAAACUGGUAUUAUGGGGUCUCAACAUUUUCUAUUGAAUGAUUUGUAGAAGUCAAUUGCAUCUGCAUUGAAAAAAUAAUGCCGAUGAUCAAGAUGAACUGUUAUUAUAUGGUUAAAUCCUAUCCCAGUUAAUGAGAAUAAUUAAUAUUGGCUGCAGGAAAUGUGAUCUCAGCCCGGGGGCACUUGGGUAUUUUUUGGGUGGGUAUGUGCCGCCCAGGACUCCAAAUUGGCACCCUGUUCUAAAAAAAAUUCCCCUAAAAUUGAUACCCUGUUCUAGAAUUCGCCCUAAAACUGAAACCCUGUUCUAGAAAUGGGCCAAUUUUUUAUACUCCGUUCUAGAAAGUUUGUAUUGAAAUAGCCCUGUUUUUUAAUAAAGAUAUUUCUUUAUUUGUUUGACUUAUACAUCAAAUAAAUGCUUCUUCAUGAUCGGCAACAAUUUUAAGUGGAAGAUAAAGCUGCGAUCCACAAUUUUUUAUACCCCGUUCUAGAAAACUCCUCUGAAAUGGAUACCCCGUUCUAAAUCAGUAUAGGUAAUGUAUGGGAGUACCCCCCCCCUCCCCCCCCCGGGAUCUCAGUAACAAGAGUUGGGCCCAACUUUUCAUACAAACACAAAAUAGUUUUCACCGAUACAUCUUAAGAAACAGGUGGCAUGAGAUGAGAUCUCAGUAAAUCGUAUGGACUGUAUGAAGGAGACUGUGACCAAAGUGGGGAUGGGUAGAGGUGGGGGACAAAGGGUGGAUGGUGAUUUACCACGUCAUAAUAUUAUCUUUUAGACUUGGUCAAGUGGAUCCUAGCGUACACUGAGCUAGGGUAUAAUAACCAGAGCGAUUAUAGUGAGCCCUGUUAAAGGUCUACAAUGGCUUAAAUUAAGGGAUGAGUGAUGAGUGUUGGAGGAGACUAAGGGUUAUGAAAACCAUGAGUUAUGGUUUUGUUGUUAAUUAAUUAACAAUUGAUGAAUGAGGCUGAGUAUCUUAUGAAGAAUUAUGGAGAUGGAGGAGGGUGUUAUCCGUCGAGGCCGUUGGCUGAGGUGGAUAACACCCUCCAAGAUCUCCAUAAUUCUUCAUAUGAUACAAAAGCCGAAUUCAAUAAUUGUUUUAUUAUUCAUUCAAAAUAAUUCCUAGUUUAAAAACAAAGCUAAAACAUGCUUACCUCCAUUGUCGUUAAGAUCACCUUCGAUAGUGCAUGUUCAGGUCGCUCAGUUCCGUGCGCAAAUAUUCUCCAAAUAGCAGAUGUCGCGCUUUGAGUUGUGUUCUUGCUGUUCUUGCCAUGUUUUUAGCUAUAAUUUCGCCUAGUUCUUACUCUUGAAAAGAGUGAAAUCUCCUCCAUUUUUUGUUUUCACAACCAAAACAACUCAACCUCAUCCCCAGGUCUUCUCAGUUAACGGUGCAUUAACCUGCAAGAACACUGCAGUUUUGACGUCAUUUCCUUGUUAAACACAAAAUUCUUCCAAAUUUGGUCAUCAUUAACUGGUUUAAUGGUGAAUUAUGCAUUUGCUUUUAGCCAUGCAAUUAGAAUCAGGGAAAUAUUUUAUUUUGAAUGAAUAAUAACAGUCGUUUAUGUAUUAAAUUUCUUUAUAAUGUGAAAGAUUGAUAGUUAGUCUUCCAAUAUACUACUUCUCAUAAGACCCCAAGAUAGAGUAACCCUUCUGCUCACUUAGACACUUGCUCACUUGGUUUCUGCUACAAUUCUGCACUGUUAACAUGACCAUGCUUUUCAGCUCAUGGAGAUCACUUUGUUCUGUAUUGUUGAUCUUUUAUUUGCCUCUCCUUGUAGACAUUCAGGGACCAGAUUUCAAAAAGCCGCGUUUCAGAACGCAUGCUAAAAUGCGAUGGGAUGAUAAGUUCUUGUACCUUGGGGCAUAUCUUCAGGAGACUGAUGUCUGGGCAAAUCAGACAAAACAUGACUCAGUAGGUAACUAUUAGCCUGCAGCUAUUUUCCCUAGUCAAAUAUAUUUUUUGUGUCUCUGUUUCAUGUCUUCCGAUUUAUCUCACCAGGUUUCUUGGGAAGGGAAAGUUCUGUAUGAAUAGCAUUAGUCAACGCCUAAUUGAUCAUGUACUAAUACAUAAAAACGUGAAUCACAACACAAACUUUUUUUCCACUAUCCAGACACCAAGAAUUGGGUUAAAAAAAGAAGGUACAGCCACGUGUUUUAAGACUAACUUUAGGUUUUCUGGAUGUCAUAGAUGAUUUAAGCACUGAAAAUGAUUUUCUUCAUUUUCUUUUCAUGAAUUAUUAUUUAAUCAAUGACUUUCUCACAAAAAACUUUGUUUUGUUUUACAAACUCUAGUGUUUCAAGAUAAUGACUUUGAGGUAAGUAGCAUAAAAUCUGAAAUAGAAACCUUUAUUUUAGAUUACUUGCACAAACAGUUCAUCCAGUUGGUGACAACGUGUCCCUUUCUCCUGACUGUAUUUUUCACCCUCAGUCUCUGUGUUAGUUUGGCUUCUGAAAAAAUAUCUUUUUGUUUAGGUGAUUGAUAUUAGAAAGUCAAACAAAUUAAAACAUGAUUCAGUAUUCCAUCCUCAUUUUUAUGUACUCUUAUCCUUGUUGCUUUCACCUUGUUUCAGCUUUCAUCUUCAAUUGCCCCCUUGUCUCUUUUUUUUUCUUCCAGUUCCCAUCUCCUUUCUUCUACAUUUCACCUCCCCCCCAUCUCCCAGCUCACAGCCUAUCAUCUUGACUUCCAUCCUCUUUUCUUUCAUUCUCUUCUAGUUUUCCCCCAGUUCCUACCCUUUUUCUUUUAUCCCCUUUUUUCUUGUCAGCUUCACCCCAUUUCUUUCAUUCUCAUCUUUUCUUUCAUAACCAAUAUUGUUCCUACCCUCCGUUCCCAUAUUUUAUCCCUUAUUCCAGCCUUUUCCUUCCAUUAAAUUUUUCCGCCCCACCCCAAUCACCUCACCUGGCAAGCUUCAAUGAAACUUGAUGUAACCAGAAUCUCCUACAAGCCUGUUGCCGGACCUCAGACAUUAGUAGCACUUAGUUACAAGAAAAAGAAAAAAAAAAUACAUAAAAAAACUAGCAACUUGUUUUCAACUUCUCAUUUCCUUACAGGUGUUUAUGGACCCAGAUGGAGAUACUCACUGGUAACAAUUAAUAAUACCUUGGAAAUAAUGUCAAACAAUUAUUUAAUCAAACAUAAAAGGUGGAUCUUUUCUAAUGGUCCUGAGUACCAUUUCAUUUCUUUUAUUCACACAGGUACAAAGAAUUUGAGAUAAAUGCCAUCAAUACUACUUGGGAUCUGGAACUGAACAAGGUGAGUUCAUGUCUCCACACAGGACAAAAUUUCAAGAAUCCGUAAAAAAAACAUAAAAUCAGUGCAAGACACAAACGUCAAGUCUGUUUUAUAAUUUUGGCAAUUGCACCCAUGGCUUUCUGUGUUGGAAGGAUUUUCAAAGAAACUAUGUAAGUAGGAGCAGUGUAAGACUAGCUUGAACUUCAACUGUUAAAUCAAGUCACACAUUUCCUAAUGUGCAAUUGGAGGAGACAGGUGAAAUUCAUGCCUCUAGAUUGAGGGGUGGUUAUGAGAUACCAGGACUAUAAUAGCAUUUGCCGCAAACGUUCAAAACUUCCAGACAGAGGAAACUUGUCAAAACGAGAUCAUACUUCACAGCGGCUUUGGAUAUUUUGAAACUUGAUGAACAUAAAGAAAAGCUGGUAUCUACGAUUUUCCAGGUACUACAAUUUGUUAUCCGUGGUUUGGUUUCUUUAUGUCAGCUUAUCUUUCAAAAUUCUUUGAACUGUAUGUUUAAUCACCUGUUCAAAAAAAAGAAUGUUGUGUAUGUUUCCUAGUGUUAUUUUAUCUUUAUAACGUGGUGUUUUACACUUUUUCCUUGUAGCCAUAUCUCAAUGGUGGCACUCCAAACAGCAGCUGGGAAAUGCCAAGCAUGAAAAGUGCUAUUUUUGUGGCUGGACCCAUCAAUAAUGCAUCUGUUCCAGGUUUAGUAUAAUUAUGUUUUUGUUAUGUCAGUUUCAUUGAUGUUUGAAACACUUUUUAUGGGUUUACAUAACACUUCCGAUUGGCCAAGUUUGAGGUCUAUACUUUUAAAAUUGAUGAUGAACGCUGGAUGUAAUGUGGCUUUGUAGUUUAUAGUGUGGACAAAAAAGAACAAGACCAAUAAGACCUACGGAACCUGAGGAACAGGCAUCUGAUAAGCGAAUUGUCAGAUGACAAAAACUUUGUGCGUUUCACUGAAGCGGCAGCAGAAAUGCGCUGAAAAAGAUUUCCAAGAUGGGCCAUGACAACCACAAUACAACUUUAACAUUGUUGUCUGUUUGCCAGUGGAAAAAUCGUUUUGCAAAACUUCCGUACAGGAGGUUAAGUGGACAACGAAUUGACCAAUAAAUGACUUAACCAUUAUACUAGAUUAUAAAAGAGAAUGCAUGCUUACACUUGUUGUGUUCGUUCUUUGUUUGUUUAUGUGUAAUAAUCAUGAUAAACUAUGGAAUUGCACAUGAAAGACAAGUACUGGACAGUCGAACUUGCUCUGCCCUUCACUAAUCUUGUUGAUCACAGUCCCACGGCAUCUGCUCCACCAAAUAACAAGGACCAAUGGAGGAUUAACUUUAGCAGGUUUGAAUUUUUAUAUCCAGUCUCAAGGAAGAAGGCCAAAAAACGUAAGGCCGUUAAUAGCAGUUUGACGUGAGUUUGUUGGGGAUGAUCCGUGGUUAGUUAAUUGUCCCUGAUCCCUGGUUAUCCCUGGUAGGUUCAUCCCUGAGGCGUAAUUUUGCUAAACCCCAGAAAGGCGCUCAGUGCUGCUCUGCCUAGACCUCAAUACAAUACGUUAAUUUAGCAAAAAAAGCUUAAUAAUAAUGAAAUAAUAAUAAAAUAAUCGAGUACCCGACUGCUCUAAGCUGCAGCCAGUGGCUGAAAUGCGGAGGAACCAGGGAGGUGAGAUCGGAUGUCCUUAUGUAAAGGGCCAACGGCCAAUGACGGCACAUGUCAGAUAGAAUAUGGCACCGGGGUGACUACAUCUCCUACUCUUUUAUACAAUGUCGCGGGUUCUUUUACGUCCAUUCCUCUUCCAACUUAUUUGGGAGGAUGAAGGAGACAAGGACAACGGCUUUAAAUGUCACUUCCCAAUGACGCCAUCAUCUGAACUGGGAAAGAGUUUUAAUCACAGCCAGCAUGAUUUCACGAGGUAUUUUUUAAAGACCUUAGUGAUUCGGCUUGGGUUUGAAGUCACGGCUUCCCGCUCAGCAUAGCAGGUCUCUUCAGAGUUAUAGCUGUGUGGCAACGGAGCUGUUUACCCUUGGCAGGGCAAAAAAGAGACAAUUCAAUUCACCUGUCACCUCAAUUAAAAGGCUCCAUUCUAAAGCUCUGUUCCUUAACAUAGUAAACAGACAACCAUCCCAGAGUAAUUUCUUAGUCACUUUUUCGUUUGUAGGGUUGAAUGGCAUGUAAGGAACGUUCAUGGGCAUUAUGAGAAGGUUGGUAAGCACAGUCUUGUUUUUAUCGAAAUUAAUUCCCAUUUGUUUUCCCUAACUGUAGGACUAGUGGAGAGAAGUUGCCAAGUUAUCAAUUAAAUCCAUCUUGGGUGUUCAAUUGCUUAAUUCUCUUAACCACUCUGUUUUAUAAAGCACAGACAUUGCAAGGAGAAAAUUGAUGCUGAUCACUCUUUGGGCUUAACGUGUUAAAAUAGAACUGGUGCAUCGGCCAUUUUUGGGUUGCGCUUGAGACUGGGUCGGAGUUGUGUCGAAUGGUACUGUGGGAAUGUUUUGGGGGAGGAAUUGUGACCCAGUUUCCGCGCAAUUUCAUAACAGCCAAAAGAUGUGUGAUAGCGUUCCCAAAACAUCCCCAUAGUGCAAUUCGACACAACACUGUCCUAGUCCUAAGCGCAACCUCCAUACAGUGUAUGUUCAAUCUUUGGAAUCAUUGUCACAAAGGACUCUGUGAUCGCAAUGACCUUUACUGAGUUGUCUCAAUUUGGUCCCUUCAAUCGAUGAACUGUUUUUCAGUGUUCCUAGCGAACGCAUAGGCUUUACACGCACGCUAAUGGUCCUUGUGUGAGGUCCUUAUUGCAGCCUGCUCCUGUUUUACUCCUUAUUCUAAAACUCAAAGGUUGUUUCAUCGAAAUGUUUGAUUGCGCUGUUUCGCAAUACGAUACUGAGUUAAAUUGAAUGUUGAGUCAAACAUUUAUCAACGGGCACCCCUGAAGAUUAGCAAAACUGCCCGCUUUAAAAGGGUUUCCAUUUCAGGGUGAUUGAAAAAGUAGUGUUUUACCACAUAUAGGUGUCCGUCUGCAGGCGGUGUCCGAUAGAGGAAUUUCGACUAUAUUUUCUGUCUGACAGGUUCCUAAUGUUCCAGAAGAUAACUGGGUUUGGUCAUCACAAAGUGCUAUUAAUAUGCACUUACCUGAGAGGUAUGUACCGGGUAUACGCCAUCUUUCCUUGGAGCGGUUACGUGCGACCUCGAAAUACUAUUAAGCAUAGACACAACCAUGACUAUGAAGUACAAGAGUGCUUCGUUGUACUCGUGAUUUUGGUUUUGGUGGUGGAGCUGUGAGAAGAAUGAGAAAGAUGGACUUCUAGUGAAAUAAUUUUUCACCGCUGUAUUGAGGCAAAGGAGUAACAAGUCUUUUUUUUUUUAGAGGUAUUCACAAAAUGAAAUGUGGCGGAUGAGAGGACAGCAGACGGGUCCACUUUGCGUUAUGCGUUAGCAUGGCAACAGUGAUCUCAGACGUAGCGCACAGAAACAUCACACAUAUUCGACCAAAAAUUCUCAUCCAGGCAAAAGUGCUCCGUCGUUGAGCCUCGUUCAGCUAUGUGCAGUGUUAUGUCUUCCACACGAUCGUAAUCAAGUUUCAAGCCACUAAAAGCAUCGGACAACUUCUUCGCUAACGAUCAUUUACUAAUUUCCGUAGGUGGGGUUUCAUUCAGUUCAGCACAGACGCCGUGAAUGCAACAGAGUUUGUUCGCACACCUAAUUGGCCUGUCUACUCCGCCCUUGUGAUGAUUUAUGACGCCCAAAAGGUAUUAUAAUUAUUUUAUCUCUUUGUCAAAGACAUGCUAUCACCUGUGCUCGUUAGCGCAAUAGGUUCAGUACUGGGGCAGCAAAUAUAAAGAUACCCCGAGUAUCGUUUGUCGAUUGAUUCAUGUACAAAGUGCUUUAUACAUCUGUAUUUUUGGUCAUUGUGUUUUUUUCGUUGUUUAUAACGUGUAGAAAUUCAUUGCUGUGAAUGGUUAUUACACCGCUGACCUCGAUCAACUUGAAAUUCCUGUUGCUGUAAGAACCGGUCAGUGUCAGUAUGAGCCUGCGGUUCAAGUAAUUAAGACUUACAGCUUCAAGGCAACAGUCAGUCCUGUGGAUCAGCGGCUUCCAGUGGGACACAUACGAGAUGAUCGCCUUAUCUGGUUCAAUGACAGAAGUAGCAAUCUUAAAUUACAAGUUUAAAAACUUUAACCAUGGUAAUUGAAGCUAUUGUAGAUUAUAUACUCUAAAUUAUACUUGAAACUUUUUUUCUAAAAACAGUUAUGCUAGGAAAGGAAUAAGGUACAGUCUGUAGCGCUUUUUUUGCGGAAUUUAUACGUCUUUCAUUUCAGUCUAUUUGUAUUUUUUUCCCUGGGAAACAUUGUUUGCUAUAAUGACCCAUUUUACAGUUGCGGGUAGAAACCACCUGUAGAUCACCUUGUUUUGAUACAACCCUUCCUGCGUUUUUAUGAAAAUCAUGUUUUUCUAAUGCUAAUUGUUAAUUACUCACAUCUUAAGAAAAAAUUAAAAGUUUUAUACAUGUCAUGAAGACAGGUUAAUUUAAGAUGUUCAGCAUUGGAUGAUGAUAUGACGUGCAAAGAUAGUGCUUUUAACAAACGGCGCAAUUCCAGAAAAGUUUUCGUUGGGAGACACAAUAAAGACCGUUAGAUUCGAGGACGAGAACGAAAUAUAUCUUUAAUUUUUUAACGUAUUCUCAUAUAAUAUAAACCCCGGAAAGACUCAUUGUGCUUUUUUUCCACUAAAAAAGUUAGCACGAUUAUUUUUAUUGAAGGAGGUUAAGCCCUCUCCCGAUCGCAAAAUGAUGAAACCUCUAUCAGUUGAGAACUUGUUUCCGCCACUGCGAUAUUCUCGCUUAAACUCGCUUAAAGAAAGACGCCUUCCACUUUUUCCCGCCAUAAUGACGCUGGUUUACGCGCGAGCACUACUUAGUAUUGAGAUAUAGGGAGGUUAAGAUGUCACGACGGCAACAGCAACGUACGAAAACGUCACAAAAGCAAUAGGUUUAGAUUGGCAUAUCAACAAGUCAGCACUGCACGUGCACCACGCUUUUUUGUACAUUGCUUUGCCGUCAAUGCACGACUACGCCGUGAAUUGCCAAAUUUUUACGUUUCAUCGACAUCGUGAACAUACGACGACAAAUUUCUCUUUCUCUCCCUAAACUUGAAUUUCUUUCUUAAGAAUUCAACUCCAGGAAAGUUUGCCCACAUUGGACAAAGUGAGCGAGUUGGGAUAAUCGCACUGAAGUUUCAAACUAAGAACGCAAAGUCACUUUAUAAGCGACGUUUUUGCCGCCGUGGCCGUCGUGGUAUCUUUCUCUAUCUCUAUCUGUCUCUAUCGUUUCCAGCCAUACGUGAGAAAUUGAAAAUAUGUCAUAUGAAGCUGACUGAUUAUAUAUUUAAUGUGAUUUUUAUAGCUUCAGUACAUUACAAUUGCUUAAUAGCAGAAAAAUAACACGAGUUUUCUUCACAGCUUUUCUAUUUUUUUUCCUUUUUUAAAUCAUCAAGUUGAAAGC